GAUCGGAGGCCCUCCCAGCGCGUCGCCCAAUGGAGGGAAGGAGGGCAAACGAGAUGGCCAAUCAGAAACGGUACGGGGGGCGUGCUCUCUCGGCGCGAAGUUCAGACCCGGGAAUUCCGAAGGCGGAGUCGGUGCUGCCCGCGCGCGGAGACGGCGCCCCUCCUGGCCCAGGCUUCCUCGCUGUCAAACAGCCGCUGGAGCGCCAGCCCCGGCCGGAGCCUGAGAGAUCCUGAGCUGCCGCACAGGCUGGCACUGCCCGGAAAGGGGACCGCUUCGAGACUGCACCUCGCGGUAGAUAAGAACCUGGAUUGCGGCGGGGAGGGGAAAGGCUGGGUUUCCCUCGCAUGAUCCCGGGAAGCCCUAUCCUGUCUUUAAUCCCACCUGGAGAAGUCGGGAAGCAGGGGUUUAGAUCCGCUUUGUUAGAGAACAUAGAGACCCAUUUGCACUGCCUUUGGAGGGGUGACAGUGGAUACACUUCCCAUGGGGGUUUAAGCUAUCUAGUUAUGAGUGAGGGGUUGGCCAGAAGAGCGAGGCGCGGGCUAGCAGGCGGGUUACUCUGUUUGGAUUAGCAGAAUUGACAGGAAACUUCUCUUCUCCAAAUUACACUGAGGUGACAAGUUAGUAUCACACAGAAGCAGGACCCCAGUCCUCCCCCCUUAUACACACAAUUCGCAUAUCCCCCAGAAGCUGCCUAACGUAUUGUUGCCUGGCACAGACUUGAAGGCUCCCGGAAUAUUCUGCAGCCUGAGGAUCUGAUUCAACUUCGUGCCAUAGGACAUCUUCGUCUUUGCACUAUACUGGGACCCUCACGAAAUUUUUCAGUUGGAAAACUGUUGACAGCCAAUCUUGCAUCGAGUCCUAGGCCCUUGCACUCUGAAUUUACACUAUUCGGGGAGCGUGCCCAAGGUUGAGAUUGCACAAAGCACAGUUCAACUCUGCAUCAGAGGGAAAGCAAACUUAGGCCAGCUGUGCAUGGCCCAGGAGUGGGAAGUGAUGGAUUCCUGAAGUGGAAGAGGUGGUGCAGAGGGGGCACCGCCCAUGCUGCCCUGCUUCCAGCUGCUGCGCAUAGGGGGCGGCAGGGGUGUCGACCUUUACACCUUCCACCCCCCAAGUGGGGCUGGCUGCACCUACCGCUUGGGCUGCAGGGCCGACCUGUGUGAUGUGGCCCUGCGGCCCCAGCAGGAGCCCGGCUUCAUCUCGGAAGUCCACGCGGAGCUGCACGCUGAGCGCCGGGGUGAUGACUGGAGGGUCAGCCUGGAGGACCAUAGCAGCCAAGGGACUUUGGUCAAUAAUGUCCGACUCCCAAGGGGUCACAGGCUGGAGUUGAGUGAUGGUGACCUUCUGACCUUUGGCCCUGAAGGGCCCCCAGGAACCAGCCCCUCAGAGUUCUACAUGUUUCAGCAAGUCCGAGUCAAACCUCAAGAUUUUGCUGCCAUCACCAUCCCACGGUCCAGGGGAGAAGAGGGAGAAACCAGAGCUGGUUUCCGGCCUAUGCUGCCCUCCCAAGGGGCCCCCCAGCGCCCCCUCAGCACCCUCUCCCCCACCCCCAAAGCCACCCUGAUCCUCAACUCCAUCGGCAGCCUCAGCAAGCUCCACUUGCAGCCGCUCACAUUCUCUCGGAGUGGGGGUGGGCCGCAGAAUCCGCCCGUUUCCACGACUCCUGGGGAAGUGAGGACCACCUCUUCGGCCCCACCCCCAAGAAACCGGAGGAAAUCAGCUCACCGCGUGUUGGCAGAACUGGACGAUGAGAGAGAGGCUCCCGAGAGCCUCCCACCCGUGCUUAUAGAGCCCAGGAAGAAACUGCUCCGUGUAGAGAAAACCCCGCCGACACCCAGUGGAAAUCGUCGUGGGCGUCCUCGGAAGCACCCAGUGAGCAACCCCAGGGCUCCCCCGGCAGCUGGGGGCGGGGAGCCCUGUGCAGCCCCCUGUUGCUGCCUACCCCAAGAAGAGACAGUAGCUUGGGUUCAGUGUGAUGGUUGUGACACCUGGUUCCAUGUGGCCUGUGUUGGCUGCAGCAUCCAGGCUGCCAAGGAAGCUGACUUCCGGUGCCCAGGCUGCCGUGUAGGCAUCCAGAGCUAGGGCCGGCCACCAACACCAGAGGACAGAGCCGGCACCUCCAGGCCAUGGGGGGACAGGGAGUCCUAAGAGAUGCCUUCUUCUUCCCUUGCCUUCCCCCAGGGUGGUGGGGGGAUGAGUACAGAGGAAGGGUCCAUUGCUAUGGAUUAUCAAUUCAAGGCCCUUGGAGCCAAGGUGGCAGAAGAGAUGGUUUCCUGCCAAAGAUACUGCUGCCUCCAGGAAGUUGCCAGUGAGCUGGAAAUCCCCACUGUUAUAAGCUGUUGUGGGUCCUUGUCAUGGACACUAGAAUGUGUGGUCAGGAGCAUUCGACUGCAGAGGGCCUGCCUGGAAGGGUGGCAGCCCCAGACUUGAGCAAGCAAGAUCUUAAUGGCAGCACCUAGCCUUCCUUACCUUGUGGAUAGUCCUGCCACUGACCAUGACUGUGACCUGACUUUUCAGAGCUUUGCUUCCAUUUCCGAAUAAAGAAUGAGCAGCUUCAUACACUC